AUGUCUUCAUCGAAGCGUUAUUGUUACCUUCCUCACCGCAAUCGAUGGCAUAUCCUCCGUCCAAUCCCCCAGCCUCAAGGCCCAUCUUCUCUCCGGCCACAAGCGGAGACGCGUCAUCCCCUUCCUGACCCGACCGCCGAAGUCUUCUCGAAACCGUUCCCCUUCUUCGAGCUACCUAUUGAGAUCAGGGACCGGAUCUAUCAUCUGGUCGUCCCCGAAGCUCGAGUCAUGAUCUCAGCAAAUCAUCCUCAGAAGGAACUCGAGUUGAUGAGGCAAAGAGAACCUUCCAAGAAACACAAGCUACCACCCCACCGUCUCCUUGGCCAGUUCUCUGGAAACCCAACUGCGACUGCUCUCCUUUGGGGCUGUCAUCAGAUGAAACAGGAAGCCAGCAAGUUCAUCUAUUCCCGAACCACUUUCUGCUUCGACCGAAUCGUUGUGUUGCGCAAUUUCCUCAAGGUUAUUUCUCAAACAGCUCGUGAGAGCAUCGGAGCCUUGGAGAUCACUCACAUCGGGUACGCGGAACCCAAAUGGAUGGCGGACCGCAAGUGGAAAUUGAGACACGAUGCGAAAUGGGUAAUGGUUUUAAGACAGGUCCGGAAUCAGGCGACUGCACUGCGACACCUGACCCUUAAUGUUACAUUCUUUGACUGGCCGAUUGACCUUGAUCUCUCUGAGGAAUGGGCUCGUCCUUAUCUUGAAUUCGCCGAGGAGGGCCUACGUCGCGUGGACUUCACCUUGAAACACGAGGGGUUCAAGCGGGUCAAGUUGGCCGCGACGGCCAAAGAGUUGCAGAACCGGAUGAUGAGUGCAGAAGGGGAAAAGGCGAGACAACGAGAUGAGAAGCUCAAGGCGGAGGUGAGGAGGAAGCUAUUGGAGGAAUGCAAGUGCUUGGUAUUCACCCUUCCGCUGGACGGAAAUCCCUCCAAUGUGAAUACAGCCAACAAGAAAGUGGUGAGGAGAACAGGACUGGAGCAAUAUGCGGUGGUAGAACCUCUGGUGGAAUGGUCCUGA